AUCCUCUCCUCUGUUCCAAGCUUCUGUGUCUUUCCUUUCCAGUGCUCAAGUUUCAGUCUAAAGAAAAAGGUAUGCUCCUCAUCUCUUCCAUCUCUUGUUUUUAAUUUAUUUUCUUUGGUUCAGUUUCUUCAUCUUAAAAUUCACUUACUCUUUCUCUGUUUCUUCUCAUAGUUUAAUUACCACCCACUUCCAACAGGCAGCAAUUUUGUAUCCACUUUCAACUUUGAGCAUUUAAAAAGAAAAAAAAUCAAAGCUACGAAGCGAAUUAAGAAUACUUGAUCAUCCAAUGGAAUUCUUAUCUGUUGCUGGAGGUGCUCUUUUAACUGUUGUUUUUGAGAGGUUGUUUAACAAGUUGAAGUUGAGUAGAUCGCUCAAUUUGCAAAAGCAAGUCCUCGUUAAGUUGCGAAACUGGGAGAGCUUAUUGCCAAAAAUCUUUGCCCUUCUUGAAGAUGCAGAAGAGAAGCAGAUAAUAACAAGAACCAUUCUAGAGGCAGUUGGGGGAAAGUGUGUUUCGAAAGAUUUAAAUUUGCUUCAACAAGAAUUGAACAGCAAGUUAUCUAACAAGAAGUUUUUGCUUGUACUGGAUGACAUUUGGAAUGAGAACUACUCCUUGUGGGAUAGUCUACAAAAACCAUUCUUAGCAGGAGCAGCUGGAAGUAAAAUAAUCAUCACAACUCGCAAUGAACGUGUUGUAGAAAUUAUGGGAGGGAUGGAUAGAGUUUACCGUCUAGAAGUGUUGAAGGAUGAAGAAUGCUUGUCAGUGUUUGCUCAACAUGCAUUAGGAGAAGACAAUUUUGAUGCACACCCAAAUUUAAAGGAAACUGGUGAGAAAAUUGUUAAAAGGUGCAAAGGAUUGCCAUUGGUUGCAAAAACCCUUGGGGGCCUCCUACGUGGUAAGUUAAAUUGUUCUGCGUGGGAACGCAUUUUAAAUAAUGAAAUAUGGGAGCUGCAAGAAAGUGAAAGUAACAUUCUUCCAGCUUUAAGAUUGAGCUAUCAUUAUCUUCCUUCUUAUUUGAAGCCAUGUUUUGCCUACUGUGCUCUGUUUCCUAAAGGCGUUAGGUUUGAGAAGAACAAGCUUGUUUUAUUGUGGAUGGCAUGGGGUAUUUUACAACAACAGUCAAUAGAAGCUGGUCAUCUAUAUUUCUCUGAGUUAGUUUCAAGAGCAUUUUUCCAAUGGUCAAAUGGGAAUGAAUCGAAGUACGUGGUGCAUGAUCUCAUUCAUGAUUUAGCUCAAUUUGUUGCUGGAGAAUCAUUCUUCAAUCUAGAACAUAUGUUGGAGGUCAUGAAGUGUUUGCGAACAUUCAUUGCAGUGGGAUCAUGGCUCGAGUGUAAUAUAGCAAAUACAAUGGUGCAUGAUUGGCUACCAAAAUUACGAUACUUAAAGGUACUAUCUUUGGUGGGUUAUCAAAUAGAAAAGUUGCCAGAUUCAAUCGGAGAUUUAAAAGGUUUGAAGUACCUUGAUUUGUCUAGAACUCGAAUAGAAAGCCUACCUGAGUCCGUGGGUUUCCUUCUCCAAUUACAGACACUAUUGCUCUUCAACUGCCGCUUGUUUUUUAAGUUUCCAGUGGCAAUUGGGAACUUGAUUGACCUCCAUCACCUGGAUAUUAGAGGUACGGAAUCCUUGAAAGAGAUGCCAUUGGGAAUAUGUAAUCUCAAAAAUCUCUUGACGUCGUCUAAAUUUAUUGUGGGGAAAGAAAAUAGAUUGAUGAGAUUAUCUAAUUUGAAGAACUUGUCACAACUUCAAGGAAACCUUUCUAUUUUGAAUUUGCAAAAUGUUUUGAAUGUUCAAGAUGCUUUGGUGGCAAACCUGCAAAAUAUUGAUGGUCUCAAUGAAUUGCAUUUAGAGUGGACUUCUGAUUCUAGUAGUUCAAGCAAUGAAGAAAUGCAGGUCCUCAACUGGUUAAAACCUCAUUCAAAAUUGAGAAGUCUCACAAUUGUUUCCUAUGGUGGCCAAAAAUUCCCUUCAUGGAUUGGUGAUCCAUUUUUUUCUAAUUUGUCAUUCUUGAAGCUCAAAGAUUAUUUAAAAUGCUCAUCUAUGGGUUUUCUGUCACUUAAGGAGCUUUAUAUUAGAGACUGCAAUGCAGUUGUUUUGAAGAGCAUUGUUGAUCCCACCUCUCUCACUAAAUUGACAAUUAAGCAUAUUUCGGGGCUAUCUUUCUUGCCUAAAUGUUUUACACAGUCUUUAACAGCUCUUGAGAAUCUUGAAAUUGAAAGGUGUGAAGAACUUACUUGUUUGUGGGAGGAAGGAUCAGAAACUGUAAACCUUGCUCGUCUAGAGAAAUUGGUAAUUAGGAGUUGUCCUUUGCCUGUGCUGUUGUCAGAGAAAGAAAAAGGCCUCUUGCCUUUGAAUCUUAAAUUUCUUGGCCUUUAUAGUUGUGAGGCACUAGAGUCAUUACCUGAUCUGAUGAUUAUGAAGAUGGAUGGAAUUGGAAGCAGUAGUAGCAGUAGCACCAACAUGUUGAGACUUGAAGAGUUGGAACUAGUUGAUUGUCCUUCUCUCAAGUCAAUAUCCUUACUCACCACACUUAAGUGGUUGAGAAUAGCAAAAUGUGAAAAUCUUGAGUCUCUACCUGAUGGAAUUGGAAGCAGUAGUAGCAAUAGCACCAACAUGUUGAGACUUGAAGUGUUGGAACUGGAUGGUUGUCCUUCUCUCAAGUCAAUAUCCUUACCCACCACACUUAAGCGGUUGAGAAUAGCAAAAUGUGAAAAUCUUGAGUCUCUACCAGAUGGAAUUGGAAGCAGUAGCAGCAAUAGCACCAACAUGUUGAGACUUGAAGUGUUGAAACUAGAUGGUUGUCCUUCUCUCAAGUCAAUAUCCUUACCCACCACACUUAGACAGUUGACCAAGAAAGAUCUGAAAUCGCUUCAUAAGCUAUAUAUAAUGGAUUGUCCAAGCAUAGAUUUGAUUCCAGUUGGGAAUGAGAAUGGGGGUUUACUUUUUCCCUCAAACUUAACAGAACUUCAGUUAGACGAUUCGACUCUCAAGUUCCUACCAUUAAAUGCGACGGGGGAGCUGAUAUCGACUCAGAAACUAUCCAAUCCAGUUCCAGAGGGGCAUUUGGUAACGGUGAUGGGAUGGGGUCUCCACAACCUUACCUCUCUUCAAGACUUGUUCAUUUCUGGGACAUGCCCUCCGAAUAUUGUGCUGCCUUCGUCUUUAACCACUCUUUUAAUCGGACUUGUUGAAAAUCUGGAAUCAAUACCCAGAGAGCUCUUCCAAAACCUAAACUCUCUUCAAAUGUUAGGCAUAUCCUUCUGCCCGAAGCUGCGAUCCUUGCCAAAGAAAAGCUUGCCUCUCUCGCUUGGAUGUCUCUGGAUCAUACACUGUCCGCUUCUAAAACAACAGCUCUUUGAGGCAAAAGGAGACUAUUGGCCUCUCACCUGUACCAUUCCCUACGUUGAGAUAGAUGGGCAUCAGGACAUGGAUUUUCUUGGAGUUCUUGGGGUAAUUUCUCUUGCCAUAUCAGGGACAACUCGAGGAUAUGUACGAAGGUGGAUGGAUGGAGAGGAGUACUGCUUCAAGGAUCAGUCUGUUGCAUAUCUGUCCAUUGCUUUGGUGUUGAGAGAAAGACUCUUCAUCGAUAUGCAUAAUUGAACUGAAAGGCUGGUAUGAAGACAAGCAGGGAAAAAAGUUACUGGUAGUGGAGCGCUUGGACUUUAAAUGGAUCAUGGCAUUGGAGCUUUAAACUAAGGGUUAGUGGCUAGUUUUGGGGAUCAUUCCAAAAAUGAAUUGAUUUUCCAAAAAUGUAGAAAAUCUGGAAUCAAUAUACACCUGCCCAAAGCUAGCUACGAUACUUGCCGAGGGAAUGGUUGCCUUCCUCACUUGGAGCACUCGAUAUCAGAGUUAGUCCGCUUCUAAAGUGACAGCACUUUGAGGGCAAAGGAGACUACUGGCCUCUCACCUGUACCAUCCCCUUUGUUAACGUAGACAUUAAACAGGUAAUAUAACCUACCAUUCUGA